AUGAUUGACCCGAGAGAUGAGACUGUUAACAAGGAUGACUUACUUAGUGAUGACUCCUUGGACGAAUUGAAGGAUCUUUACAAAGAGUUUGAGCUAAAGUAUCAAGCAAUCAAGAGAAAGGAGUUGGAGAAGAAGGGUAAACAGGUCAAAACGAAGCCAGAUCAUGAGACAGGCACCCAAAAUGUUACAAUCGUCCCCAGGUCUCCGAGCCAAACAAAGAAGCCGGCCGAAGCUGUAAGAGAGUUGACGAAGGGGGAAGUUGACUUGCCAUUACCAAAAACAAAGAAAGCGUCCGAAUUUUUAUCUAAACUAUACGAUGCCAACAUGGCCAAACACAUACAAAAAUUCGACAGCAUAGAUUACAGCUUGCGCAAGUUUGAGUUUGAUUUCAGUAACUUUGAGUUUAAACCGAGGGAUGUGGUUGACGAUUUAUGCCCAUUAUCUGGUCUUUACUUGAGGCGAAGAUACCUCCCCAAGGAGAAAGUGGAUCAGCUCAUUAAGGAAACUGACGACAACAUGAAAAUUCUCAAAAUCGACAAACUUUUGGCAAAGACAAAUAAGACGAAUAAUUACCAAGAGCCGAUGUAUACAAAUUGGUGUCUUGUUGGGUUUGUGUUGCUGAAGUCGGAGGUGUUGUACACGAAAAAUGACAAAAAGUACAUGAAGUUCAGAAUAGGCAAUUUCCAAAACAGUGUGGAAUUUGUCCUUUUUGAUGCAGCAUUUGAAAAAAAUCACAAGUUACAGCAAGGUGAUUUGGUAUUGGUGUUGAAUCCCAUUGUCAACAAGUAUGAAUUUAAGGUCAAUGAGCAUAUUUCCAAGACCGGUUUCAACUUGAAACUUGACGGGUCGAACGUUAAUAGUGUUUUGGAAAUUGGAGCGAUAAGAGAUUUUGGAAUCUGUCGGUUUGUAAAGAAACUGGAUAAUCAACGGUGCAGCAAUGUUGUCAAUAUCACCAAGCAACAUUUGUGUGACAUACAUUUGGACAACAAAUUCAGGCAGAGUACAAGAAUGGAGUUGAAUGGUGUGUCAUUGAGAUCCCCCACAAAAACCAAAACCAAAGUGUUUCUCAGUACAAAUAAAGGUCUGAAUCAGGGCAAUUUCGCUGGGUUUAUGAGAGAAUACAAUGAAAACUCGACAUUUACCUCUUCCGUAGCUGGAAAGUUGGACACGAAGAGAUAUCAGGAUCCAAAACUUUUGCAGACUCAGCUAAAGCGGAAAAAAUUGCAAAACGAUCGAGCAAAUGAGUUAUUGGAGAAAAAGUUGUCAAAGUUAUCCUUAAGGAAUCGUAUUGUGGAAAGCUUGAACAUGAAUGGUAACAACCGUGGCCAACCUGCCGGGGGACAAGCUCCACCCUCAAGUCAAUUUCCAUCAUCAAUGAUUUCCAAAAUUGGAUUUGAUCCAACUAAUCAAGAUAAUGAUAAGUCCAAACAAACGCAUCCGGAAAGACUUCAAGAAUUGUAUGAGCUAAGUGCAAAAUGUUCAACUAAAAGGUCGCUUGUUUCCUCUCUGGACGACAAAAGAAGUAAGUUGGAGAAGUGGAAGAGGAAUAGGAAUACGUUGAAAGAAUACGACUCAAAGUUGAUGCAGCUGAACUUGAACUUGAGCAAGCCUGUUGUUGACAAAGUUAAGCAUGCUGGGGGAUCUUUGCAGAGGGUCAAGAAAACCAAUCGUGUGGUAUUGAGUGAUGAUGACAGUAAUGACGAUGAUGACUUGGACAUAGACUUUGGUAACGAGGAUACAAAGGCUAGGUAUGAAAAAGCAUUAGGUAAAUAG